CAGUGGGAGAGCCGCAACACUGAACAGUUUCUCCGGAGUCUCAGCGAGGGAUGUACAGAUUUCCUGAGCUCAGGGGAAAAACAGAUAGAUGAGGAAAAAAGAGUGAUGACGAAGAGCAGGAAAAUGUGAGGAUGUGCGAGUUCAGAGAGAGCUAGAAUCUCUCAUCAGAGCACUGGUGAAGCUGAAGAGAAGGGGGGUUAGUUCACAGGAGGAUAAAAGAUAACCAGCACUCCACACCAACUCAUUGUCUCAGUCCACUCACUGAUCAGCCACUACAAGAGGGCAAUAAUGGACCUGUCAAUCACACUUCAUUUGCUCCUCCUCCUGUGCUCCCUGAGUGCUGUUCUUUGGGCAUGUCCAGAUGGAUGUAUGUGUCGAGAAAACAAAAUCCUCUGCAAUGGCCUCUCAGACUUCCCCACAGCAGUUCCCUCCUCAACUACCACCCUCUACAUUUCCAAUUGCAAUAUCUAUUCACUUAAACCAGAGGACUUGACUGAUUUUGCUAAUGCCCUGGGCAUCUUUGUGGUUAAAGACACUGUGCUGAGGGAGGUGCGCCCUGGCACAUUUGAUUCCACUCUUAACCUUGGCGCCUUAGGCUUCACUGGCACUGAGUUGCAAGAUCUCCCCGAGGCCUUGUUCCAAAACCUUCCAAAGCUUGAGUCUCUGACUUUGAGCAGCAACCGGCUUCUCGUGCUCCGUCCUAAUUGGUUAUCCCCCUUGUCCGCUCUGAAGGUCCUUGACCUCAGUAAGAACCAUUUCACUUCCAUACCAGUGGAAACAUUUCAUCCUCUUACUGAACUGCAGUACCUCAUGCUUGCUGGAAACAAUAUCAGUCAACUCUCUAGGGACACCUUCAAAGAUCUUUCCAAACUGAAGACCCUGCGGCUUAACAAGAACUCACUCCGGGAGAUCCCUCUUGGCACUUUGGAUGAUCUCGUAAACCUGGAAGAGCUGUCACUACACAACAAUUUGAUCACACACAUACACCCUGACCUGUUCUCCAAGACUCAGAAACUCCAGAAGCUUUACCUCUCUCACAAUAGGCUUGCAUCACUUUCAAAAGGUGUCUUCUUAAACCUGCCUAACCUGUCCCAAAUCUCCCUGUAUGAAAACCAGCUGGAGAGUCUGUCUCCAGGGGUAUUUGGGCCCAUGCCCCUGGAUCAGUUGUGGCUGUAUGAUAACAAGCUGAGCCGUGUGGAGGACGACACCUUCAGGAACCUGACUCAGCUGCGUCUAUUGGUCCUCAGCCGCAAUCAGAUCAGCCAUGUGUCCAAAGGGGCCUUCAGAGGGUUGGAGCAGCUGGGAGAGGUGUCCCUUCACACAAAUCUCCUCACAACCUUGGAAGAUGGCACUUUCCAAGGUCUGCCGAGUCUGGUCAACAUUUCCCUGGAACACAACUUCAUCAGUUCCCUCCCUUCAGGCUUCAUCCAGGGUGUGAACCACUUAGGCCAAAUAGACCUGCGAAACAAUUCACUUCCCAACCUGCCUCAGGAAGUGCUGGAUGCCCUCACUGUGGCAAAGGAGGUACUCCUGCAGCAGAACCCUUGGAGGUGUGACCAGGAUAUCCUACCACUAAGGGACUGGCUGAUGCAGUACCCAUCCAGGGCCAACCACAGCCUGGUGGUCUGUGACACCCCCUUCAAUCUGAAAGGUGAGGUGAUUUCCCUGCUGUCAGAUGAGCAUCUGAUUCCUCCAAUGUCUACUGAUGAGCCUGCAGUGACGCCCACAGAGAAGAGGAGGAAACCCCAUACACCUCCCCCCAGGAGGAGCACUUCUUCCCCUGCUGUCAUUGUCACACCCACCACAGAGCAAGGGGGGGACACCAACAGUGGACAGGGGGAAGAAGGGUUGAUUUCUAGGGACACUUCGAUCAUCAUCAUCGCAGUGGUGUGCACUGUCAUCAUCAGCAGCCUCAUUGUGUGCUGUGUGUGCUGGAGGAGGAACAAGAGAGACAACCGUAAUAUAGGCCGCAGAAAUAAGAACUCUGUGCUUUAGAGUGGACCACCCAUCAUCAGCAAUCAUAUACUGUUUAAAGCCAAGGGAAACCAUCCUCUGAUUACUGUGGCUAACAAUCAUUAACACUGUGGUGUUCUUGGAAAACAUGGGGCCUAGAGUGUUAUGUUUUUAGAGCUGAAAAGUUGGGUUUGUUUUACUUAUAAGUUCACUGCAGGAACCAUUGCAGUUCCAUUCAGAAACGCCAACUAGCUAACUAGAUCACACAAAUAAACAGAAGCCCCUUUGAUUAGCUAUUAGUUUUCCUCUGUAAGUUUGCUGUUACCUGAGACUUGAAUACUACUAUUUUUUUUUUUUUUUUUUUUUUUUUUUUUUUUUUACAAAGUCCAACAGAAAAAUAUCUUACUAACUGUAAUAACUCUGGCCUGGACAUUUUGUGAACAGCUUGGACAUUUCAGUAAAUCUAAUAUCAAAUACAUAUAAACGUUUGUGCAAUGAAAAAGACAUGAUUUUCAGUUGUUCAGCAAUCUUUUUCGUUAUUACUGACUGCAAGGUUUGAUAAUGUAAAUUUUGAUGAUUUUUGUGCAAAAACACAUGUAACACUAGUUUUGGUUUAUUUUGGUUUGUUUUUUCUUUUGAAAUUGCAAUGUUUUUGUAACCAUUUUAAUUAGGUUCAAUGACUUUCUCUACCAGCAAAAUCAUACAUGUAAGGUUCAGGUAUCAAAAAUCAUUCAAGAGUUUUAACACAUACUUCAAAAUACUGCUAUAUGUUGAAUAAAAGCACCAUUUUUAGUUGGAGAAAACCUA